UUUUUUUUUCUUUUUAAUUUUAAUUUAUUGUUUAUGUUAGUAAAACGCCGUCGUAUUAGGUUUUAGGUCUGAUGUCUUUUCUGUAGCAAGAGGGUGAUAAAAACCCGACCCGACUAAACCCGGCCCGGCCCACCCGGUUCGGGUAUUGGCGUAUUUAUUAGAGACGAAUUCAGAAGAAGAGGGCAAGUUUUUAUUUAUUUCGUUUGCCUUGUCUUCAAGAAAUCAAUCAAUCUCGUUUCUCUUCGUCAUCGAACAAUGUUAACAGUGAGCGUGAAGUGGCAAAAGAAGGUGUUUGAGAGUAUCGAGGUCGAUACUCUCCAGCCUCCUUAUGUUUUCAAGGCUCAGUUGUAUGAUUUAAGUGGAGUACCGCCUGAGCGGCAAAAGAUAAUGGUCAAAGGUGGACUUUUGAAGGAUGAUGCAGAUUGGUCUACGUUGGGACUCAAAAAUGGUCAAAAAUUGAUGAUGAUGGGAACUGCAGAUGAAAUACUCAAGGCUCCAGAGAAUGGUCCUGUUUUUAUGGAGGAUCUUCCUGAGGAGGAACAAGCCGCUAAUCUGGGUUACAGUGCUGGCCUAGUCAAUCUUGGAAACACCUGCUACAUGAACUCAACGAUGCAGUGUUUAAAAUCUGUCCCAGAGUUGAAAUCUGAAUUAUCCAAUUACCAAUCUGCUCGAACCAAGGAUGUUGAUCAGACUUCUCACAUGCUCACAGUUGCAACACGUGAGUUAUUUAGUGAGCUUGAUAAAAGUGUCAAGGCUGUUGCGCCUAUGCCAUUCUGGAUGGUGUUACAAAAAAAAUAUCCUCAGUUUGCUCAGUUGCAUAACGGAAAUCACAUGCAACAGGAUGCUGAAGAAUGUUGGACACAAAUGUUGUACACUCUUUCCCAGUCCCUAAAACCGCCAUCGCCUACCGAAGAUCCUGAUGCUGUGAAGGCUCUUUUUGGUCUCAACCUUCGUAGCAGGUUGCAUUGCCAAGAAAGUAGUGAAGAAAGCUCGGAGACAGAAUCUGUCUUUUCUCUGAAAUGUCACAUAUCACAUGAGGUGAACCACUUGCAUGAAGGAUUAAAACAUGGACUGAAAGGAGAACUUGAAAAAACAUCUCCUGCUCUGGGUCGUACAGCGGUUUACAUUAAGGAGUCUCUUAUAGAUUCGUUGCCAAGGUACCUGACUGUUCAGUUUGUGAGAUUUUUCUGGAAACGGGAGAGUAAUCAGAAAGCAAAAAUUCUCCGGAAAGUGGAUUAUCCGUUGGAGUUGGAUGUAUAUGACCUUUGUUCUGAGGAUCUUCGAAAGAAACUGAAAGCUCCUCGGCAGAAACUGAGAGAUAUUGAAGGUCAAAAGCUUGGUCUGCAAGCCAGUGCAAAGAGCAGCUCAAAGGGCGAUGAUGUGAAAAUGACUGAUGCUGAGGGAUCAUCAAACGGAAGUGGUGAGUUAUCCUCCGGUGACCAACCUGGAGGUGCUUCGUCUCACAUGACCGGAAUUUAUGACCUGGUCUCAGUUUUGACCCACAAAGGCAGAAGCGCAGACUCUGGGCAUUAUGUUUCAUGGGUCAAGCAAGAGAGUGGUAAGUGGGUUCAAUACGACGAUGCUAACACGAGCCUUCAACGGGAAGAGGAUAUCACUAAACUCUCUGGAGGAGGUGAUUGGCAUAUGGCAUACAUCGUAAUGUACAAGGCCCGUCUCAUCUCCAUGUAAUCUCUUCUCUUUUCAUUAUCUCAGUUCUUGAAACAUUUAGAUCGCUUAAGCUUUUUUUUGUAUAGACCAUCUUCAUGCUCCUCUUUGUAGAAAUUUCACAUUAUUUUUUGUUGUCGUCAUUAAAAUGUUAUAAACCAGAAAACUAAAAUAAAAGUUCUGUUUUGUCAAGGAUCUUUUUAGAGGUCCCAA